GGCGGAGUCCCGGGUGCAAGGUCAGGGGACCAGCAGCCGAGAACGCCUGGGUCCCGGAGCCAACAGGUGCGGGGCGUGGGGGACCCCCAGGCGCAGGAUGGGGGUUCCCAAGGACGUGCGGCGAGGGAUGGGGGGAGCCAAGGGGUAACCUGGGUGCUGUGAGACUGAGUCUCCAGCCGGCUCUGCCCUCCUCCAGGCAGGCUCCUGAGGAACCUCUAGCCCCUCUUCCUCCCGCCCCUGGAGGCCCCCGCAGCCCCCGAGGGGCAGGGAGGUCCCGCUGAGGGAGCGGGUCCGCCGGCGCUCGGUGGGAAGCAAAGGAGUCCCCUGUCCCUCCCCCAGGGGUCUCCAGGGACCGGCAACCCUCCCGCCCGCGUCUGGGGUCGUCGCAGCAGAGCGAGGGAGGGAGGGGUCUGCGGGCAGGAGGAGGGAGGGCGGGGAGAGAGGCCGGAUUUAUGAAUGGAGCGCGGCCUGCGCGCCGGCCCAGCGACUCCUGGCGGCCGCCGGGAGCAUCUCGGCCCCGGGGACUCCAGGGGGCCUGGCAGGGGGCCUGGCAGGGGGCCUGAGGGCCGGGCUGCUGGGCCUGGGCUGUGUCCUCGUUCUCAAGGAGGUUGUCAGUUCUGUCCCACACGCGCUGCCCCCCAACCCCGGCUGUGUGUGUGUGUGCGCGCGUGUGUGUGCGCGCGCCCACCGGGGAGGGUCUGGCGGGUCUAGUGGGAGGGGCCUGGAUCUCUAAUACCUCCCUGUACCCCUUUUUUCCAACCAAAAAUUAAGGACUAUGAACUAGCUCACGAGAGAAUAUUUGCAAUCGGAGUGGCUUCCCCUCCCAUGUCUGUGGUGUUUGAUGGGUUCAGACAGACCUGGCUUAGCAGCUUUGUGACCCUGAGCUAGGGGGCGCAACCUCUCUGAGCUUCCGUCUCAUCUGCAAAGCAGGACUCCCUAAUCAUGGUAACCAGCAGUCCCUGAAGUCGCCUUCCCUUGCCAGGGUCCUGGUGACGAGCAUUCGAGCUGGAACUCAUCGCCACAGUCCUGCGAGGAAGUGGGUCUAGGACCCCACAAACCUGGGUGCAAGACCUCAAGGGUGGCAGGCUGAGGGCUGGCCCGGGAUGCGCCCCAGCUGCCACGGUUCCUGAGCUCAUGGAGCCCUCCGCCACCGCAGGGGCCCAGAUGGGGGUCCCCACUGCCAGCGGGGAACCGUCCCCGGUGCCUCUAGACUAUGAAGACGAGUUUCUUCGCUAUCUGUGGCGUGAUUAUCUGUACCCAAAGCCGUACGAGUGGGUCCUCAUCGCAGCCUACGUGGCUGUGUUCCUCGUGGCCCUGGUGGGCAACACGCUGGUCUGCCUGGCUGUGUGGCGGAACCACCACAUGAGGACAGUCACCAACUACUUCAUUGUCAACCUGUCUCUGGCUGACGUGCUGGUGACAGCCAUCUGCCUGCCAGCCAGCCUGCUAGUGGACAUCACCGAGUCCUGGCUCUUUGGCCAUGCCCUCUGCAAGGUCAUCCCCUACCUACAGGCCGUGUCCGUGUCUGUGGCAGUGCUGACUCUCAGCUUCAUCGCCCUGGACCGCUGGUAUGCCAUCUGCCACCCGCUGUUGUUCAAGAGCACGGCCCGGCGCGCCCGUGGCUCCAUCCUGGGCAUCUGGGCCGUGUCGCUGGCUGUCAUGGUGCCCCAGGCUGCUGUCAUGGAAUGCAGCAGUGUGCUGCCUGAGCUAGCCAACCGCACACGGCUCUUCUCUGUCUGCGACGAGCGCUGGGCAGAUGACCUCUACCCCAAGAUCUACCACAGCUGCUUCUUCAUUGUCACAUACCUUGCCCCACUUGGUCUCAUGGCGGUGGCCUAUUUCCAGAUCUUCCGUAAGCUCUGGGGCCGCCAGAUCCCCGGCACAACCUCGGCCCUGGUGCGGAACUGGAAGCGGCCCUCAGAGCUGGAGGACCAGGGGCAGCGCCUGAGCACAGAGCCUCAGCCCCGGGCCCGUGCCUUCCUGGCCGAGGUGAAGCAGAUGCGAGCGCGGAGGAAGACGGCCAAGAUGCUGAUGGUAGUGCUGCUGGUCUUUGCCCUCUGCUACCUGCCCAUCAGUGUCCUCAAUGUCCUCAAGAGGGUGUUCGGGAUGUUCCGCCAAGCCAGCGACCGAGAAGCUGUGUACGCCUGCUUCACCUUCUCCCACUGGCUGGUGUACGCCAACAGCGCCGCCAACCCCAUCAUCUACAACUUCCUCAGUGGCAAAUUCCGGGAGCAGUUUAAGGCUGGCUUCUCCUGCUGCCUGCCUGGCCUGGGUCCCUGCGGCUCUCUGAAGGUCCCCAGUCCCCGCUCCUCUGCCUGCCACAAGUCCUUGUCCUUGCAGAGCCGGUGCUCCGUCUCCAAAGUCUCUGAGCACGUGGUACUCACCAGCGUCACCACAGUGCUGCCCUGAGUGAGGGCUGCCUUGGAGGCUCCAGCUCUGGGGGUGCAACCUGUUCCCUGCCCAGGCUGCUCUCUGGCUCCUGGGGGAUCCACUCAUACCCCUCAAGGAAAGACUGCUGGAUGUGGUGAGAGGCCUGGGCUCCAGUGCUGGCUUUCUGCCUGUGUGACUCUGGGCAAGUCACUUCCCGUCUGAGCUCAAGGCCCCUAAGCAGGGUUGAUGUGAGGAUUAAGCAUGCUCAAGAAAGUGGAAAGUUCUCUGUAAACUGUGAAGUAUUGUGAACAUGAUUACUGUACUUCUCUCACUUGGCCAUACCCCAAGGUAUCAUCCAACCCCAUUAUCCUUCUGGGGCCGGGCCUUCCUCCCAGAGACCCCUUUCCUACCCGAUUACAGGCCUUCCUUGGGGUCUGCUCUAAAAAUCCCAACAGGCAUUUCCAUCUGGUCCAGUGGCUCCCUAAAGCCCAGGGCUGCACUUGGCCAGCUGCUCAGAUGCUUGUGUGAACUAACCCGGGCCCAGCCCUUCUCCAGAGAGCCACAGCACAGCCCCACCCUCGCCAGGUGCCGAGUGCACACACUAUAGACUGGACCUUGUUGGCUUUGUGGUGUGAUAAAACACUCUCCAUGGCCAUUUGGCACGGAGGCCAGCAGCCCGAAGCAAUUGUAAUUAAAAGCCUGGCACUGAAUGUUCCCUUUCCUUGUCAUUGCACAAAAUCUGUGCUGCUUAGGUUAGGAGCAGAGGAAGAUGGGGAAGCUGGGGGGAGAGGAGAAGGCAAGAAGGCACUGGAAUGCUAUUAUUUGCUGACCUCCCACCCCCACUCCACCGGACUCCAGAUGGACACAUAGCCAGGCCUCAGAGCACACACAAUGCUGCCUCCUCAGGCAGUGCCAAUCAUGCGAUGCCCAGAAACUCGAUCCUUGACACAUCUGUCUGCUCACAGGCCCAGU